CCUAUUUGCUACCCGCGCCUGGUCCGGUUUUUGGUGAAAUGUGUGGCGACAAGGAGCUGAAGCUGCAGCACAACAGCCCGGACGCCAUGUCGUUGGACAUUGCCUUUGUGGUGGACGCCACCGGCUCCAUGUCGGCCUGGCUGGAGGCGGUCAAGGCCAACAUCCGCUCCAUCGCCGCCGACGUGGCGCCGCGCAUCGCGCGCCAGUACCCGGAGCUCAAGCUGGCGCUGCGGCUGGCGCUGCUGGCGUACCGUGACGUGGGCGAGGCGGCGGCGGGGCAGCAGUUCCAGCAGCUGGACUUCACGGAAGACGCCGCGGCGCUGCAGGCGCAGUUGGCGGGCGUUCGCGCGUUCGGCGGCGGUGACGGGCCCGAGGACGUGCUGGGGGCUCUGGACCGCGCCGCCACGCAGCUGAGCUGGGCGUCAAAGGCGCGAUUCAUCGUGCUCAUCGCGGACGCACCCGCGCACGGCCGCGAGUGCAACGACGACCCCGGCGACGCCUACCCCAACGGCGUGCCGGGCGGGCCCAGCCUGGCGCAGGUGAUGGACAAGCUCAAGGACGAGCGGCGCCCCAUCGACCUCAUGCUGUGUAAGGUUCGUAAUCACGCGCUGACCAAGAUGGAGGCGUCGAUGCGCAAGCACUACGACAGCCGCCGCGCUAACCGGUCGCUGCGCUCGGUGCAGCUGUUUGACGACAGCAAGAUGCCGGCCACGCGCUUCCACUUGGUGUUCUGCCUGGACGAGAGCGGCAGCAUGCAAGGCAGCAAGUGGGCGGACGUGCUUAGCGCCUACAACCAGAUGCUGGGCCGCCGCCGCGCGGACCAGGGCCUGGGCGACCUGGUCACCGUGGUCACCUUCGAUCAUUCUGCACGGACACAGUGCGCCCUCACACCCAUCGACAACGCCCCGUCCAGCUUCUCAUUCAGCGGCCGUGGCACAAACUUCGCGCCCGCGCUGCACGCCGCCGAGUCUGCCAUGCAGCGCCAGCCGGCCGACUGCGUGCCGCUGCUGCUGUUCCUCAGUGACGGGGCGAACGCCGACCCCGGACCCACAGACGCUGCCAUGGCACGCAUUGUGGCCGCCUAUGGUGGCCGCACCAACCUGCAGGUGCACACCAUCGGCUUCCAGGCGGGCGGCGGCGAGGCCAUGCUGCGGCGCAUGGCGGCGGCGGCGCCCGGCGGCCGCUUCCACUCGUGCCAGAGCGGUGUGGACCUGGCCAGUGCCUUCACCAGCAUCGCGGCGGGCUGCUCGGCGGUGGACGGGCUGGUGCAGCGCUUCGCAGAGAUCCUGUCGGAGCAGAUCUCAAUCAAGAUCAUGCACGACUACCUGUGAGCGGCUGUUAAGUGGUAGAGGGCGUGAGGUAGCGAAUGAGCAGGGAGGGGAGGAAGUGGCAGCAAAGCGGAGGCGGGGUGGGUAGGGUGGAGGCAUGGUCCUUUUGGAACCAGGCCGUGGGGGCACUAGUAGUUGACGCAGGACGAAUAUUGGCGUGGGCCAGUAUAAGUGGUCAUGAGGGUGCGUGGUGAGGACACAAUACUGUGCAUGUUUCAUGCAGGGUGGCAUUACUGCAAUGGUUGUGUAGUGUCCGCAUUGGCGGCGCUCAGAGUGGUGUGCUUCAGGAAGCAGUGCUGUCGAAGGCAAGCUCAGCGAAGGUCGCUUAUUAGAUGCACACAUUGUCCCUUGGUUUGCUCGGUACAGUGCGGGCAGGAUGUCGCAGGAUUUGCAGAGUCAUGUUUGCGCUUUUGGGGUUUCAGUUGUGUGCUAAAUUGCCAUUCUCGACCCUGAUGUGUGGAAGGGCACGGUAUGACUUUCCCGAGUAACUCCAUAUAUACGCUCAGUGCUCCACAGGCCCCUGGUGCUCCACCCCGAACUUGAGUCGCGGCAUUCCUGCAUUCCACUCCGCGGUGCUUCCUUACCCUCCGCUUGUGUUUCGUCUCACACUCGCAUUCGACUCGAU